AUGAUCUUUUCGUCACAAAUCCUUCUCCACGGCUUAUUGGCUCUCUCUCUCAUCACCUCAAGUGUGUGCCACCCACACAAUCCCAUAUCUACCUUGUAUCAGUUUGAACACGGCUCAUGGCUCGAGAAUUUGGCAAUUGGGCCCUCCAACAGCAUCCUCGCCACGAGACUUGAUAUCCCUGCUCUGUACCAGAUCGCCCUGCCCCCAGCCGUACCGAAACCAUCCGCGAAACUCAUCCAAACAUUUCCUGGAGCGACAGGUGCUCUAGGAAUAACAGAAUACAAGAAAAACCAAUUUCUAGUUAUCCUCGGCAAUUACAGCAUACCAGAUGCACAAGAUUUCCCGGGGACUUAUUCAAUCUGGGAAGUGAGCUUCUCCGGCCACGAUCUUAACCACAUCUCCUCGAAAAAAGUCACCGACAUCCCCGAAGCAAUGUUCCCAAACGGGAUGACGAACUUGCCUCACACAGGAACUGUCCUUAUUGCAGACAGCAUGGCGGGGGUCGUAUACCGACUCUGUCCCGAGACUGGGGAACGCGAAGUUGUCCAUGACGAUCUCAGUAUGCAUCCACCGGCCGGAACCACCUUGGGUGUGAACGGUAUUCACGUUAUCACUAUUUGCGAAGAGACGUUCCUGUACUAUACCAGCAGUCUGAAGGAAACUCUCGGCCGAGUCAGGAUUGACCCUAUCAGUGGACGGGCUGUUGGUCCGUAUGAGACUUUGACAACGGGUGUCUGGGGCGACGACUUUGCGUAUGAUUCAAAGACGGGGGAUAUUUAUAUUUCUGGGAAUUUCGCAAAUAUUAUUACGAGGGUCAGCCGGGAUGGUGUCAAGGAGGAUGUCAUUGGUUCUCCAUACCAGCUGACUGUGGCUGGGACGACAAGUAUGGUGUUUGGAGGAAAGGGGAAGAGGACUCUAUAUGCAGUAACAUCGGGGGCACUGGCGUCACCUGUCAACGGGACCGUUACUGAAGGUGCGAAGCUGGUCGCAAUUGAAGUCGACAAGAUUUAG